AUGGGAAAUGAUGCAAAUUUAUCAGUUGGAGUACCAAUUGAAGCAAUAAUGGGUCUGACAGACAGAAUUGGUUUAUGUAUUUUUGCUGAUAUCAAUAACUGGAAAAUCGAUAUUGAUAAAAUAGAUCAAAAGUACAAAUCGGAUGCUGGUACUGGAGGAUUUUUGCCCUUUGGGAUUGCAGGUGUAACUGCGGGAGCUGCAAAAUGCUUUUACGGCUUCGUAGGAUUUGAUGCAGUUGCUACAACUGGCGAGGAAGCUAAAAAUCCUCAGAGAGAUAUUCCCCUAGCCAUCGUCAUAUCUUUGUCUAUUAUAUUUGCAGCUUAUUUCGCAAUUUCAGCUGUCUUGACAAUGGUUUGGCCUUACUAUUUACAGGAUUCCGAUGCCCCGUUUCCAUAUGUCUUCGAUCAGCUUGGUUGGUAUACUAUAAAAUGGAUUGUCACGGUCGGUGCCAUUUUUGCACUUUGCACUAGUUUACUUGGAGCUAUGUUUCCUUUACCACGUGUUAUAUAUGCUAUGGCUAACGAUGGAAUAAUUUUCCGAAAUUUGUCUAAAGUGAAUUCUUGGACGCAAACACCAAUUAUAUCAACAUUCUCCUCGGGAAUAUUCGCAGGUAUAAUGGCAACUAUAUUCGAUGUAGAUCAAUUGAUUGAUAUGAUGUCAAUUGGUACUCUAUUGGCAUAUACCAUUGUAGCUAUUUCGGUUUUGAUUUUGAGAUAUGAUCAAUCUGCGGAUGAGACUUAUCCAGGACUAGACGUGAAAGAGAACAAAACAGAAAAUGUUGAGCAAUAUAUGUGGAAUAAUUUCAGGAUGGUUUUCAAUUUGAACAAUAAUAAAUACCCUACAAAGGAAACAUCAAAAAUUGUCAACUGGAGUAUAGCUUUAUUCAAUUAUCUGAAACAAUAUGUACUUGAAGUAGAAGCUUACCAUAAUCUUAAAGUAUCAAAAAUAAGAAGUGAUAAUGGAGGUGAAUAUAUUGACUCUGACCUCAGAAAUUGGUACAAAUAUAAGGAAACCAUCAUGGACACCACAAUACCCCACUCUCUACAGCUCAAUGGAGAAGCCGAGAGAUUGAAUAGAACAAUUAUGAAAAAGGCAAAAAGGCAAGAGCGAUACCAUUUGUGGGACAAUGAAGAAGGAAAAAUAAUUAUACAUAUAGUUGUUAUUUUUGAAGACAAGAUUGAUAGCAACUCACUGGAUGAAAAGGAUGUAUUGAAAAUAAAUAUAGAAUGGGUAGAUGAUGAACGUAAGAAAUUGACAGAUCCAGAAAAAACAAGUAAACGAGAAUAA